AUGAUGCGAUCUUUCCUCAUGCUAGGCCUUGCUGGGCUAGCAAUCAACAAAGCCCAAGCUCACCCGGCCAGACGCCAACCCCAGGGUGCUGCACUAGGAAAGCGAGGCAUUGAUCUGGAUUCCUUCAGACUCCCCGAGCUUUCCGAGUAUGUCGCCAAUGAAGAGGUGGUUGCAGACCCAAUCAUGACUAUCUCCAAGCGAGAGACCUACGUUGAGACGGCCGAGGACCUGGUCAAGUCUGUUGCUGAUGGCGCAACCUUCCGCCUUGUCGAGGACCACUACGUCAGCUCCAACGGAAUUGCUCACGUCAACUUCAAGCAGACUAUCAACGGCAUUGAUGUCGAUAAUGCCGACUUCAAUGUGAAUGUUGCUGCUGAUGGCACCGUUUUCUCCUACGGUAACAGCUUCUACACCGGAAAGCUGCCGUCUCCUUUCGCCAAGCGCGACGUUUCGGACCCUGUUGAUGCCCUCAAAGGCGCUGUGGAUGUCCUCGCCCUUCCCGUUGACACCGCCGACGCGACUGCAAAGCCCAAGGAUGACACUGAGCACUACACUUUCACGGGCACCGAUGGCACUGUCUCUGCUCCAGAGGCCAAGCUCGUCUACCUCGUCAAGCCUGAUAGCAGCCUAGUACUCACCUGGCGAGUCGAGACUGAUGUCAUGGACAACUGGCUCCUGACUUAUAUCGACGCUUCGACCAAUGAGAAGGUCUUUGGCGUUGUCGACUAUGUUGCCGAUCUCGCCACCUACCAGGUCUAUCCCUGGGGAACCAUGGACCCUACUGAGGGCUCUCGCUCUGUCGUCAAGGACCCCUGGAACAUUGUCACCUCCGAAUUCACUUGGGUGUCUGAUGGCUCAACCAACUACACCACCACCCGAGGCAACAACGGCAUCGCUCAGGUUAACCCCUCUGGAGGAACCGCAUACCUCACCAACUAUCGUCCCACCAGCUCGAGCCUCGCUUUUGAGUACGCCUACACCACGAGCAUGACCGACCCGACUAGCUAUCGCGAUGCUUCCAUCAGCCAGCUGUUUUACACCGCAAACAAGUACCAUGAUUUGCUCUAUCUUCUCGGCUUCACUGAGAGGGCUGGUAACUUUGAGAUCAACAACAACGGCCAGGGCGGUACUGGUAACGAUUUUGUCAUCUUGAAUGCUCAAGACGGCAGCGGUACCAACAACGCCAACUUUGCUACCCCUGCGGAUGGGUCCCCAGGCCGAAUGAGAAUGUACCUCUGGACUUACAGCACCCCGAGGAGGGACUGCUCCUUUGAUGCUGGAGUGGUGAUUCACGAGUACACCCAUGGAUUGUCCAACCGCCUGACCGGUGGCCCUGCCAACUCUGCUUGUCUCUCGGGUACUGAGUCUGGUGGCAUGGGCGAGGGAUGGAGUGAUUUCAUGGCAACGGCAAUCAGCCUGAAGUCUGGUGACACUCGCUCUACCAACAAGGUCAUGGGUGCUUGGGUCUACAACAACGACGCCGGUAUUCGGGCUUACCCUUACAGCACCAGCCUAACGACCAACCCUUAUACCUACAGGAGUGUCAACUCCCUUUCUGGAGUCCAUGCCAUCGGAACAUACUGGGCCACGGCGCUGUAUGAAGUGCUGUGGAACUUGAUCGACAAGUAUGGAAAGAAUGACGGCGAUGAGCCUACUUUCAACUCCAGCGGUGUUCCCACCGAUGGAAAGUACCUGACGAUGAAGCUUGUUAUUGACGGCAUGGCACUGCAACCCUGCAACCCCAACAUGGUCCAAGCCCGAACUGCCAUCAUUGAUGCGGAUACCGCCCUCACUGGCGGAGCCAACCGAUGCGCGCUCUGGACAGCAUUUGCCAAGCGAGGUCUGGGUUCCGGCGCCGUUUACAGCAGCACCAGCCGCACGGAGAGCUUUGUGAUCCCGUCGGGCGCGUGCUAA